UUUCUUAACUCGAAGUCUGUCGGACUGUCACUUUAAUAGCUCUGUCUGUGUAUGCCUGGUUGUAGGAGUGUGACAUUAUACGCGCAGAAGGUUAUUCUCAGUCAAUUCAGUGAGCACGCUCUGAAGAAAUUUUACAGCUCAAGCGUAUUGCAAGAUGUGUCUAUUAGAUGAAUGGUUACCAGUGGAUAUGACUGUCGGAUGCAUGCUUCUCAUUGUCACAGCAGUUUGUGUAGUGUUGCAGGUGCUGCGUUUCAUCUUCGCUGAUGCUGACUUCACUUUGCUGUGGUCAGCUUCUUUUGGACACAAACCUGAGUCUAUUCUGAGGGGUCAGGUAGUGUGGAUCACGGGCGCGUCCAGUGGCAUCGGCGAAGAGCUGGCCUAUCAACUAGCAGAGAUUGGAGCUCGGCUGGUCUUGUCAGCACGCCGAGAGAAUGAACUACAGAGAGUGAAAAGAGAAUGUUUGGGACGAUCUAAACUACAUGAUGAGGAUAUCCUAGUUCUCCCACUUGAUCUACUGGACAGGACGUCCCAUGAGCCUGCAACAGCAACUGUUGUGGAGCAUUUUGGAAAAAUUGACAUGCUCAUAAACAAUGGUGGACGUAGCCAGCGGUCGCUGUGUCUAGAGACUGCCGUGGAGGUGUAUGAGGCCCUGAUGGAGCUCAACGUCCUGGGCACCGUGUCCCUCACCAAGAGCGUGCUGCCCCACAUGGUCCAGAGGGGUGUUGGUACUGUGACUGCUGUCAGCAGUGUGGUGGGCAUCGCAGGGGCUCCGCUGGCCACCGGCUACGCUGCCAGCAAACACGCCUUGCAGGGUUUCUUUAAUUCGUUGAGGAUAGAGCUGGCUGAUUAUCCUGGCCUCACCAUCAGCACCAUUCUCCCAGGGCCGGUGCAGUCCCAAAUAGUCCAGAAUGCCUUUACUGAGUCGCUUAAUAAGCCAUUGGUUGAGACAGGGAACCAGCAGCACAAGAUGGCCACCUCUCGCUGUGCACGCCUCAUCUUGUGUGGCUUGGCCAAUCGAGUGAAAGAGAUGUGGAUUGGCCAGCAGCCAUUUCUUUUGUAUUUCUACGUGUGGCAGUACACACCUACGUUAGCCUGGUUUGUGACGAACCUAUUGGGCAAGAAGAGAAUUCAGAACUUCAAGGCUGGACUGGAUGCUGACUCUGCUUACUUCACAAAGCCAAAAUCUCAAUGAAGGAUGGUGUUCAUGGUCAACCGUUACGAAUCUCAUUGGAUGACACAUCUGAUUAACUUUACUAAUCAAGGGCCGAAUAACCCUACAACUGAAUCUGACCGUAACCUUGUAAGCAGUGUUGUAUUUUUAAGAAUCAAGACAAUGAAUUGUUAAAUUCAGCACAACUAUAGAUGUUCUUCCGUUCCCUCAAAAAUAUGAAAUAAAAUGAACCAUCGAUUAUUUUUUUGUGAAAAAAAAAGCGUUUUACUGUAAUAAACUGUACAUACAAUAACAUUUUACAGAAAUAAAAUGCAUUUAUACAAG